UUUUACUCUUUAGUCAAACCUUGUGUUGUUGCAGACGACAGUUACCUCACGCCGUCAGUCCGUCAAUAAGGCUAAGGAUUUCCACAGAAAAUGCCUUACAUUUAUAUUGGAAAACGGAAUUUCUUUUUGGGAAAAAGAUUAUGGGAAAUUGUAGGAAAUUUAAAAAACUUUGGAGAAGGCAGAAUUCUUGUACGAAGUGCAUUCGAGAGGUACCCUGAAGUUUCGUACGUUAAGAUUAUACGCGCUGAGCCGCUCAUGGACGAGGAAAAUUUAUUUGGAAGAGUACUUGUAGAAAAGGUAUUUAGAGGAAAGUCUUUUGGAGAAUUUGAUUUGUCCAAAACUGCCUAUAAGAAUGACUUCAAACUGAUUCCGAAAGAUGAAGAAGAGUUUUACCUCAGCCGGACAAUGAAAGCAGAAGAUGUAGAAAAACUGAAAAAACCAUUGCCUGAAUUUAUCCAGUUUCCUCCUCUUCUGAGAGAAAUGAUCUCCAAACAAGAAAAAAAUCCUAAUCCUCUACUGAGAGCAGUAUACAAUUGUAGUCCUAAUAAUACAGUACAUGUUGAGCCUGGCAAAAUUUGCAACAACAAACAAAUUGAAAAUGCCAAAGCAUCUCAUCUGUAUGAAAACUUAAAUCAUAAUUUACAAUGAAAAGAAAAAUUAAAUUGCAGUCAAAGAUU